CUGAAGGCACAAGCCGUUCUGCGAGCCACAUGGAGCCACUAACACACUAAUCUGUGACCAUGUCUGUGACGAUCUUGUGUGCUUUGAAAUCUUUUCAGGAACUUUGAAAGUGUCGGGAGUUCCUGAACAUCUCGGCUUUGUGGCACCUACCUUCCCAAAAAUGGCUUGUGGACAGGGAUGUAUGCGACCAAACCCGGAUUUCCUUUUUCAUCCUGUACGCACGGUAAACGUUACGGCUGGAGGCGAAUCUGUCUGUGCUGAAUCCGUGAACCUGGUCGCAGCGUCGUCGAGGUUUGGAUUGAUCUUUGCAGCAUUUGAUCAGGGUGUGAAGAUCUGCACUAUUGAAGAUAUCCUAAACUGUGAUGCGGAGGAGGGGCCAGGCAGCAAGGGACCAGCUGACAAUUGCCCCUUUCGUGUACUGCCAACGACAGGGCCUGUCCUUUUGGUGGCACUUAGUGCAGAUGACACUACGCUGGCGGUUGGAUUGUUGCGGGAUGGCAUACCUGUUGCCGACAUGUAUGAUGUUCGAGGCUUUGCAGGCCAGGCACUAGAGACACGACCUAUCGCAACAGUACGGCUCAGUGCACAGCCAGGCGUGACUCUGCAGGACUUUGCAUGGAAUCCAGCGGUGUGCGAAAUGUUUGCUGUCUGCCUCGGCAGUGGCUCAGUGUCCAUCUAUGAGCUUUCUGGAGAAUCUCUCAAAAUUCUCGGCACACUUCCACCCUCUGCAGGAGGCACCGCUUUGUGUUGGAGCCCCAAAGGAAAGCAGCUCGUGGUGGGCAAGAAGGAUGGCAGCCUGACCCAGUAUAAGCCGAACAUGCAAGAGGCCAAAAACAUUCCACCCCCUAUGGUCUCUGAGAACAGCGUCUUGGUUCUAAGUGUGUGUUGGUUGGCCCCGACUGUCUUUGCUGUUGUUUAUGGUCCAGCAACCCGCACAACAGAUUCCCAGGCAAACCUUGUGAUUGUCACAUUCACGAAAACAUCUCCAGUUGUCUACACUGAUUUUGGAGAACCAUGCCUGCAGACGGGGGAGCACCCAAAGGAACGUUUUUGGCUUUACCAUCAGCCAGAUUGGGGCAUCCUCAUGUGCAUGUCCAGAAACUCUAUUGAAUCUGCAGUUUUUGGCUGCAAAUCUGCUGACAAGAUGCAGUGGGAGCUCUGGGAGCUUGACAGCCACGGGAGAGCUGAGGUGCCUCUGAAGAAUAAAGAUGAGACAUUUCCACUGGGAAUGGCAGUCUCGUACAAUGCCCAGCGCAACAUCAUUAGCAAGACAGAGUCGUGGGCUCCAAUGCCUCUUCUCCUGGUGCUGUCAACUUGCGGAGGCCUCUCCCCAUUCCACAUGAAGAACUUGGCUACGGGAGCACCCUCUCUUGUGCGGCCCCCCGAGCCUCUACUGCCAAAUGGCCAGCGCAGGCCCAUGGCCAACCCUCCACAGCCACCAAUGCAACAGGCACCGCAACUGGUGUCGCCGACUACAUCAACUGGCUUCUUGCCUGUUGUUCACGCUGCUGCCUCUCCAGCAGCAGCUUCAGCUGCUCCUGGCAAUCGUAUCAGGAAACCAUCAGUGGGAUCUAGUGCUGCUCCUCAGCUUCCAACCACAGGUGCUGCAGGAUUUCCUCCUUUCACCAGCCAGCCUUUCUCCACUAGUACUUCAUUUGUGCCUGUAGCCACAUCUCCUGUGGCAGCUGCUGCUUCCUCUGGCAGCACCGUUGCACCUCCGUCACUGUUCUCAUCAGUAAAAGCCUCAUCUGCGACGACAGCUUUUUCGUUUGGCUCUACUGGUGGUAGUGUCUUUUCAUUUGGUGCCAGUGGAGGUGGGAACGCUUUCUCCUUUGCUCCAGCUACUGCACCCACAGUGUCAAAGUCGACGCCAUCUUUGGCUACAUCCACAACUCCAAGUCAAGGACUGUUUUCCGUGCCUGUGCCCACGUUUUCAAGUUCAACGACGGCUGCUGCACCACCAGCCUUGGCUUCCAUGCCAUCAGCAGUAUUUUCAGUACCAAGUGCAGGUUGUACCACUACACCAGUUGCUACAACCUUUAGUGUUCCUACUACAUCCAGCUCAUCAGGCUUCCUUUUCAAGCCGGCACCAAAAGCCGAUACAGAAGCUAAGGUGUCCCCAGUGUCCUCUGCUCCAGUGCCAAUACCAGCUCAACCUGUGUCAACAGUCACACAGACAACUUCAGCACAGGAAGCAAAAGCUUCUUCAUUGCAACUGAAGACUUCUGCUCCUACAGCAGUAGCAGUUGCAGAAAAGCCUUACAAAUUGGAGCCAUCUAAGGAUGCUAUCAUUGCAGCUAUGCACGAUGAGAUAAAAGAGUUUGGAAAGGAAGUAAAGGCUUUGAAAGAAAAAUCACUGAGCACAGUCAUUGAGUCUGCCGGCAGUGAUUCCGGCUUGAUGGAAAUGAAGAAGCUAGGCAUUGACUUGGAGAACACUGCUGAGUGUUUGAAGAGUGACAUGGAGAAGACUCAUGCAGAUGUGCAUGCCCUACGGAGCCUGGUGUUUGAGACCUUUGCACUGUUGGAAGAGGCUCGUACAAGGUACUUGCGAAACUGUGACCCUCAGUAUGCGGGACUUCUUAGUGAUCGAGGCCUGGACCCUGUCUCAGCCAGCCGAUUGUCGGAGGCUCGGCGCCUGCAGCACUAUGUUGAAGAACAGCUGCAGGAAGUACAUGCACGCCUCGAUCUAGACUGGAAGGAGCAGGUUGCCCAGCGCUACAACAUUAAGGAUACAGCGGAGCUUUCAUCAGCUGAGGCUAUCUAUCGAGCCUUGCGCGACUGCCGCAACACUGCUGAACUGCUCUGCAAAACUGUGAACUCAUUGGAAGCGCGAGCAAAAAAGUUGCGGGUGGAUAGCAAGCAGAGCAAGUCGGCACCAAGGCCUUAUUGGAAUGACGCCAGCGACAUGGCCAGGGAAGAAGAAAUAGCUGCAUUGGCAGACUGCCUUUUGUCAACCAGCCUUUCACUAGCUUCUGGCAAGGCUGAUGGGACAAAACACACUAAGCCACGCAGGGUUGCCCUCAGUGCUGAGAAGAAGUGUUCUCUGGCCGAUUAUUUUGGUCACAGAGAGGUGACAGUGAUUGAGCCUCGAGUGAUUGACAAGCAGUCGGAGUCAAGGCUGCUUUCCAAGUUAGCAUUGGUUCUGGAACAGUCUUUUGCAAAGGAUCAAGCGCACGAAGAGCAGGCAAAUCAGCAGGCAGCCCAGCCUUCCAUAGCAAAGCCAGCUGACGGUCAGCAGCACGGGUCAAUCUUGACAUCAACUCCUCCCAGGUCAACCAUGCCAUCAGACACUAAGGAUGGCAUCUUGACACCAAAACCGUUUGUGCUGUCUGAAGGGGGUGCACAGUCAUUUCUUACGUCAACACCUCUCGCGCGCACUGAAGCAGCAGCAUCAAGCGGUGGUUCAUCUGGUGCUCCAUUGGCACGGUCCAUGCCCUCAGAGCAAUCUCAAUUGCCUCUUACAAAGGUGAUCGAGGUUUCAGUACAAGGCAGCAACAGUGGUCCAGACCACAAGGCCUCAGCAGCACUUCCCACCAUGCUUCCUAGUGAGCUCACUAUUAGCCCACUGACCAUGGCACCACCAGAAAUAUCAUCUGCAGCUGUCACGAAUGUGGUGACAAAGCCACUUCCAACCCGCUCAGAGGCCAUUGUCACCGCCAAGGAGACUGGUUCACCAUCUCCUUUCACGGCACCUAUCACGCAGCCUGAAUUCAAGUUUAAGCUUGCCGGGCAAGGUUCGUCAGGUGCAACAACACUUGCUUCAGCAUUCUCUUUUGGGCCUACUAGCACCACACCUGUCAGCUCCGGUGCUCUGGCCCAGGCUCCCACCUUUGCCAAGCCCAGUGUGACAGCAUCAGCAGCAUCAACUGGCUUCAAGUUUGGUGACCCACCUGCAUCCAAGCCUGGUUUUGUGGCUGUCAAGCCAUCUAUGCCUUUCGUGCCUCUUUCGCAGGCAUCUGCACUGCAGUCUGGAGCUGUCAAUGAGAGGAAGGCAGAUACUUCAAGUGUCGCAAAAGGAGAUGCAGAGCCACUUUAUGAAGAUGUGACACCUCCAGGGUCCCCAACACCAGAACAAGAAAGCGAAGGAGCUGUUUCUACCACAAAAGGCAUUCCCAUAUCCACUGCAGUUUCCCCAUUCCCAGCUGCAGUGCCAGCUGCAGUGCCAGCAACUGUGCCAGCAACUGUGCCAGCAACUGUGCCAGCAACUGUGCCAGCAACAGCACCAGCACCAGCACAAGUCUUUCCCUUCAUGAAAAGCACAACUGCAGCGUCCCCUUUCUCGGGCUUUGGUGCAGCCAGCUCUGGACCCCUUUUCAAGCAAGGCUUUGACCAGCAGAGCACAACACCCGGGAAGUCACUGUUUGGCAAUGCCAGUGUGUCAUCAGUGUCAUCUGCUGCAGCAACCUUCAACUUUACCCUGUCAUCUACUAAGGACAAGCCUGCCAGCACACCUCCAACUGGCAGUGUCUUUGCGCCCCUUCAAGCCAAAGCUCCUGGCUCUGAGGACAUGCGUUCCCCAUCUGGUUCCACACUACCUUCUAAAGACAAUUCCCUCAAGGAUGCUGGAAAGCCUCAACUGUCAUUUCUUCCAUUUGCACCAUCUAUCCUGAAGCAGUCAGCAGCCAGCAGCACUGCAGUCUCUGGAACACAGGUGACUGUCUCCACGUCACCAUUCCAGCCAGUCUCUUCUGCAGCAAGUCAGCCGGAAAGUCUCAACCCGACAGCUGCUGCUACUUUUCCUGCUCAUGCGCCAGAAGCUCACCCACUUCUUCCAAAGGCAGCCUCCAGUGAAUCAAGUCAGACGCAUGCUGUUUCCACGACGGCUGCUGCUUCUUUACCAGAAUCACCAAGCAUUGCAUCUACUCCUCCACUUGUGUCCCCUUCCAGCCAGACAUCAGCACUGCCAGGCACAGUGCCAAGUAUGCACGCUGCUGCUGCAGCAGCUCAGGUUGUUUCUACAACAUCAAGCCCACCGCAAUCCCCACCUGUACCUACUGAGCCAGGAGCAGCAGCACCUAGUACUGUAGCUGUGUUUGGCCAAGGGUCUUCAUCAGUGCUCACAGUGGCACCAAUGGCAAAAACAACUGGCACCACGUUUUUUGUCCAACCAGCAAUGUCUACAGCUCCAACAUCAUUCAUAAGUCCAGCUUUCAGCCAGGCCUCUACAACUUCGAGCCAGUCUGCCUUGCCGGGAACAACUGCAAUUACCGCUCCUACAUUUGGUCAAACUCCCACGACAACCACAGCAUCUUCACCUGCCCCUGCCCCUGCACCACAUGCCUUCAGCAUGCCACAGGUGGCAGCGGCAUCAUCGACUGCUCCGCUGUCUUUUGGUGCACAGCAAACAGCUGCCACCACCACAUCAGUGCCGUUAACAUUUGGCCAGGCAGCUGCAACCACAACAACAGCAGUGUCAGCACCAUCAUUGUUUGGACAGUCAACCGGUAGCGCUCCUGGUGGUGCUGGUGCAAAUGUGUCAAGUGGGGCAAAUGUGUCAAUAUUUGGUGCCACAACAACGUCAGCUACAUCUGCAACUAGCACACCUUCCAUUUUUGGCGGAACAACAUUCACCUCAUCUACAACAACAGCUGCUACUGCACCGUUCUGGAAGCCAGUGGCAUCAGCUGCUCCCAUGUUUCCACAGUCUGCCGCUACAGGACAAUCAGUCUUUGGACAGGCACCGACAACAGCAACCUCUCCCUUUGGCCAGCAAGUGGGAGCAGCACCAACAUUUGGCCAAACAGGUGGAUUUGGCUUCGGCCAGACAGGAGCAGCAUCAACUGCUGCAAGCACUUCUCCAUUUGGCCAAAUGGUUCCAACAACUGCUGCUGGAGGCACAAGCACCUCUUUGUUUGGGCAGAAGUCUUCCUUCGGCUCAGGUUCUGGACAGACACCAUCCCUCUUUGGUCAGAGCCUCUUUGGCCAGUCCAGCACUCCCACAUUUGGCCAGCCACAGGCUGCGAGUGCCUUUGGCCAGCAGUCGCAAGAACAACAGCAGGGAAGUGGAUCCACUCUCUUUGGUGGAGGUGGCUCCGGUUUUCUCUCGGGCCUUGGAGGAAAGCCAGCCUCAGAUGCAUCCAACAAGAACGUGUUUGGUGGCUCAUCGUCCUUCAAUUCGGCUGCGCAGACCACAAACCUCUUUGGCAACCAGGGAGCAACCUCUUUUAAGUCCGCAUUUGGAAGCACAAUGGGCAGUGGCACCUUCUCUGGAAGUGGCAGUUUUAGCAUGGGCGGUGGCAGUGUGGCACAGUCUGGCUUUGGAGCCUUCCAGCAACAGCAGCAACAACAGCAGCAGCAGCAGCAACAGCAGACACCCCCCAAGCCAGCCUUUGGAAGCCCAGCGGCAUUUGGGAGCAGCCCCACUUUUGGUGGACCUCCGCAAUUUGGUGGGUCACCUACAUUUGGCAGCAGCCCAUCAUUUGGUGCUGCAGCCACAUUUGGCACUGCAGCUCCCCAGCAGACGCCUCAGACACAGCAGUCAGGUUUCAUGAUGUUCAGCAAUGUGGAAGGCCCAACUUUUGGAGGCUUAGCUGCACAGACCAGCCCUCAGCAACCAGCAAUGGGCUUUGGAGGAGGGGGAUUUGGCUCCCCAGGCUUUGGAGGUUCUUCUCCUGGCUUUGGAAAUCAGAGCGGCCAACCAAGUGCGGCACCAGCUUUCUCUCAGUGGCGCAACUGAAGUUUACCAGAGAUUCGCUGUUUUUAUGUACGUGAAUGGAACAUUGCUGCGGUGUCCUGCUGUCAAAUGCUUACAGCAAGUUUCGCUCGUCUCCGUACAAUAGCACGGAAAGUGGUGCUCUGUGCAGCAUCUAUUCUGAGCACAGUCUUCACAAUGAUUUUCAUUUUGGACGAGAGAAAAGUCUGAACUGUGAUGUACCGGUAGUACCGUUUUAAAUGAUGAAAUAAUAAAAAAAGCUGGUUCAA